CAAGUGGGAGGUAGACAUUUGUGCUGCUGUUGAAUGUUGAUAACGUGACUGAUCUCUCUCUCUCUCUCUCUUUUUUUCUCUGAAGACAGUGUCAAAAUCUAUUCGCAGUGUCAACUUUGCAAUCCAACCCAUUUCCAUUCAAAUUUACAGAUCCAUUUUCCAUCCUCAUCGGUUUCUUGAAAUAAAUGGCCUUGGUCACCACUGCUGAAGUGUGUGAUGCAAACCCACAGUUAAUUUUGAGUGGGGAGCUUCGUGCCCUUCAGCCAAUUUUUCAGAUUUAUGGUCGAAGACAGGUCUUUUCCGGACCUAUAGUUACCUUGAAGGUGUUUGAAGACAAUGUCUUAGUGCGUGAGUUCCUUGAAGAGAAAGGCAACGGAAGAGUGCUUGUUGUGGAUGGUGGUGCCAGUUUGCGCUGUGCAAUAUUGGGUGGCAACCCUGUUGUGCAAGCACAGAACAAUGGAUGGGCAGGUAUUAUUGUGAAUGGAUGUAUAAGAGAUGUGGAUGAGAUCAAUGGUUGUGAUAUUGGUGUGAGAGCUCUUGGUUCUCAUCCUAUGAAAGCCAAUAAGAAAGGUAUGGGAGAAAAGCAUGUUCCCAUAACUAUUUCUGGGACAAGGAUCUGUGAUGGGGAAUGGCUUUACGCAGACACCGAUGGAAUUCUUAUCUCUCGAACGGAGCUUUCUGUUUGAUUGCAAUUCAUGUGUAAGGCCUGUAUUUAUUACUGGCAGGAAAGGCAUGUCAUAGUGUAGUGCUUUCUGUAUUUGUGUUCUUGAUCCUUGUUUCUUAUCUUUCCACAAAAUUGUAACGCUAUUGGUCCCCAUGAUAAUGAAAGUAGGUUGGAAUGUUUGUCCAUUUUACACCAA